AUGUGGACCAAAUCCAAAGAUAAUUCGUACAAAAAUAUAUCAAUUUUCAAGGAAAUUGGCCAGUAUGUCUUCGUUAAGCCUAGAGGGUUAGAUGGGUCUAAUACUUCUCUUAGAGCUCUCAUGCCUGAUCUUAAGGAGCUUCGAAGCUUGAUUAAACCCAGCAAUACAGAUAACGGCGAUGCAAUUUCUUCGAUUAUAUUGGCAAUUGACAUGAUAACCAAAUAUUGCAAGAAGCUUAAAUACAAGAGAAAAAUUGUCCUUGUUACGAACGGAAAGGGGCCUAUGGACCUUGAUGGCAUGGACACUAUUGCAGGAAAGAUAAGAGAAGAGGGUAUUGAGCUUGUUAUUCUCGGGGUGGACUUUGAUGACCUUGACUUCGGCGUUAAAGAAGAAGACAAGGAUGCAGUUAAGGCCGAGAAUGAGUCUUCACUUCAAAAACUAUGUGAUGUCUGUGAUGGUGUCUAUGGUACUUUGGAACAAGCGAUAUCCGAGCUUGAUACCCCACGUGUUAAGGUUGUGCGAGGAAUACCCAGUUUUAAAGGGGAUUUCAAACUCGGAGACCCAGACAAGUAUGAUUCUGCACUAACAAUCCAGGUGGAAAGGUACUUUCGAACGUAUGCGGCCCGACCACCACCUGCUAGUUCAUUCGUAUUAUCUGGUGCACCCCCAGAAGUUCAGGAAACUGGAGAUUCUUCAGCAAAUUUGAAGGACGCGAGAACUGACACUGGAAAGAGCAUCUCAAACGAACUAACAAGUGUCAGAAAUGCGCGAUCUUACCAAGUCACUGACAGUGGAGUAGUGGGCGGCAAGAGAGACGUGGAGCGUGAUGCCCUUGCAAAAGGAUACGAGUAUGGCCGGACGGCGGUGCAUAUCACUGACUCGGACGAAAAUAUAACGAAGCUUGAAACAAAGGCUGCGUUGGAGAUAGUUGGAUUUAUCCCAAUUGAAAAUGUCUGUUUUAUCAUCAAAUCUAUCUUGAUAAUAUACAAAUUGCCUUUCACUGACUAUGUUCUAAUAAGGACCAACAACAAAGCUAUCAUCGCUCUUUCCUCCAUUAUAAAUGCUCUUCACGAAGUCGAAAGCUAUGCCGUGGGACGGCUAGUUACUAAAGAUGGCAAAUCUCCUACCUUAGUUUUGUUAGCUCCUUCAAUUGACCCCGACUAUGAGUGCUUGCUUGAGGUCCAGUUACCGUUUGCAGAAGAUGUCCGCUGUUAUCGUUUCCCACCCCUGGAUAGGGUUACUACCAUGUCCGGAAAAGUUGUCAAGGAGCAUCGAAACCUGCCAAACGAAAAUCUCUUAGCGGCUAUGGAAAAAUAUGUGGAAAAUAUGGAGCUUGUCCAGCCUGGAGAAGAAGGGGUUGACCAGGCCAUUCGAUGGCGUGCUAUCCAUCCUACUAAGCCACUUCCCCCAAUCCCGAAAGUUCUCCAGAAACAGUCCCGUCAACCUGACGAGUUGAUGGAACAAAGCAAGUCAGCAUUGGAGCAACUAAUCAAAGCAUCUGAUGUUAAGAAAGUUCCACCAAAGGUGAAGGGCCGCAAAAGAAAUAGGAUCACCGAUAAGCCACUCUCUGGACUGGACGUGGAUGCCCUUCUACAAGGCGAAAAGCGCCAAAGAAUUUCCCCAGAGAAUGCAAUACCCGAAUUCAAACAAGCGCUUGCGAACACGGAUGAUAUCAAUACCGUCAAGAAGUCUGUAAAACAGAUGUGCGCGAUUAUUGAGAACCAAAUCAAGCACAGCCUGGGCGAUGCCAACUAUGACAGAGUCGUUGAAUACAUAGGAACCAUGAGGGAUGAACUGAUUUCCUUCGAAGAACCAGAUUUAUAUAACGAUUUUAUUCGCGAAUUAAAACGGAAGUUGCUGGAUGAUAAAUUAGGCGAAGAUAGGAGAGAGCUUUGGUGGCUUAUUCGGAAGAAAAGGAUUGGCCUCAUCGAUGACAAGCUGGUAGAGAUAUCGAAGGUUACAGAACAAGAAGCGAAGGAGGUAUGCAUAUAUCCAAUCCCAACCCGCAUAUUUGCUGUUACAAACUAA